AUGGCAACCCGUCUACUAUUGGACUACCCUAUCUUUUCGUUGGGGAUAAACAAUGAUUUUAUCAUCGUUUCAGGUGGCGGUGGUGGGAAGGAAUAUGGAAUAGAAGAUAAGUUGGAUGUUUACAAAAGAGAGAUUGGUAAUAAAUUUACCUUUUUAUACACUUGGGACAAAGCUCCUGGAAUUUUAGAAUGCUUACAAUAUUCUGCUUCCCAAAAUCUGUGGAUUGGGUAUCUAAAUAAGAAAUGCCAUGUCUUUCGCAUUGGUAACCAUAGUAUCAAUGAGCAUUGCGUUAUUAAUAGUGAUGAAACCCUCUCAUGCUGCAAAUUUGGGGGAGAUGAGGUAAUAAUUACAGGCAAUGAUAAGGGUUUAGUUAGCAUCUACAUGUUAAGGAAAUACGGGAAGAAUGUCGUAAAGCUUUGUGACCUUAAGGAACAUGACAAAGCUAUAAAUGACGUAGCUCUAUCUUCUAACAAAUGCAUAAGUUCCUGUGGCAAUGGCAAAUUGUGCCUAUGGGACACGCUGAAUGGGGAGUUAUUGCACAAAAAGGAGAUAUAUUAUGAGGGCAAGAAAACUAUAUGCCGAUUUUUGAAGUUCUACGACGUGGAUAAGUUUGGAGAGCUUUUCAUUUCACUCAACUGCGGCAACAAGGGGCCCACUGUUAUAUUUGUUUUGCAUAUAUAUAAGAUCGGGAAGCAAUUCAUAAUAUCUACUAUUAAAUCGGCUGUGAUAGCACCAAAUCCAUGCAGUGCCAUAGCUUACAAGAGUAAAUAUGGGUUAGCUGUGGGAUAUAGUUCAGGAGAUAUCGCUAUUAUUUGCAAUAAAAGUUGGAAGGUGAAGAAUACACGACAAGUGCACCAACUACCAGUGACUGGAAUUGACUUUACAAAUGGAGACAAUGUUGUUUCAGGAGGCAUAGACUUUUUGUUCACAGUUACCAAUAUGAAAACUUCGGUGUCGUGGUGGUUGACACUUGCAAUAGCGUCGUUAUUCGUACUAUUAAUGGCUAUAUUUUUCAACACGACUAGAUCUUCAUCUAUUAUUUGA